AUGCCUGCCAGUGGUAUUAUUUCAAGCCAGAAUUGUCGAAUUACUCUGUUGCCAUCACGUUACACUGUCAGUAUCGUCGCGUUUACAGUUAACUCACGAACAGUCAUGCAGAAGACGAACCAGGAACUACAGGACAGACUUGCACACAUAUUGAACACUAUAGAAUCAUUGGAAGGGGUCAUCGAGGCUUAUGACGAGUGGGCUGACACCCAUGAUCAGGAUCAAUUAUGUCUCGGAUACGGCGCACCAUUCAUAACAUGCGAUGUCAUGCGCGAGAUGGUACCCGAUAAAAGUGCCCGGAUAUUAGAUGUUGCCGCUGGUACAGGACUGGCAGGCGUGGAGUUGAAACAAAGUGGGUAUACGAACAUCGAUGCACUAGAGCCGUCAAAGAAACUUGCUCGUAAAGCGGAAGAAAAACUCGUUUACAAUAAUAUUAUUCUUGACACCGUUGAUACGAACACUUUGGAUAUUGAUACGGAUUUAUAUGACGCUGUUAUAGCAUGUGCCUGUUUUCUGCCCAAUCACAUUCUACCAAGCUGCUUAAGCGAACUAAUUCGCAUCGUCAAACCAAAUGGGUAUAUCAUUAUUGUCACAGACAAGGAGUAUUACCAAGACCACGUAUACGGUCGUGAACUGCAAAAAGAGAUCAAUCAAUUCAGCGAUGAUAGAAAAAUAAUCCAAAUUAAAAGAGAAGACAGACCCGGAUACUACAAACACUUGAAAACAGCAACAGUACUCGUUAUCCGAGUUCUAUAA